CUGCUCGUGUUCACAUCAUUGCUCACAACCCACCUCCCUCGAAGAGCUUCGUACCAAAUCGACGUCUUCUAGAUGGCAACACCUACACCGCUACAAGCUUGCGAACACAGUUGGGAACAGCCCUGGCCGGAUUAUGUGUCCGCGACAUGAUGCCGAUUGAAACACCCAUUCCUUACGCUUGCCCGUCUCAACCACGAGAUCGUUUCCUCUACGAUGCCAGCGCCGACAAUACCGCCCACAACAAAACCAGCAUCGCCGGCGCCCAAGAUAGCUCCGUCAGCUUGAUGGAAGCAAUCGCUGCGCAGGAGGUCUGCUACCGCCUGUUCGAGAGAGGAAUGCGAGAGAAUGCACCUAGCUUAACCGUGCUCGUUGGUAGCCAUGUCAAAGCGAAGACCUUGAGCGCGUUGGAAGAAGUUGAAGGUACAACUCGACGGGUGGAGAAGCUGGUCGCCAAGAUGGACAUCGACGGUAUUCAGAAUUCGGAUGGUGAUUUUCCCCCCUCCAGCGCCUUUAUAGCCUUUUAUCUCGUUUACGGGGGAUCCGCGGCCGACAAGGGUAAACUUAUUCAAAUAAUCAUUCCGAUGACACACUGCUGCGUCGGGAGAUUGAAGGAGACGAAACGCAUACAGACGACACCGAAGGAUUGGGCAAACGCACAAAUACAGUGUGCGGUGAUGGACUUGGUAUAUCGAUUGGCAACCGGAGGAUACACGCGCGGAGUACCUCAACCAAACCUCUAUCUUCAAAAGGUCGUCCCGCGAAAAGGUUCAAUGCCGGUCGGCUUGACCGGUUAUCAAUUGAACGUUUUGAGGCAGCGCGAGAUGGAGACGGGCGAGGCACUACGAUGUGAUCAGAUGACGGCUGUGAUCGAUCAAGCGCUGGAACUAGGUCGUCUUCCCCAUCGGCCUUUGCCACACGAGACCUCGAUUGACGGCAGCCGAACGAUCGUUCAGACCAUGAUCGCGGCUUACUGGGCGGAAACUGUCACCUAUAAAGGAGAAACGAUGAAGCGAUCGAAGAUGCACAACUUGCAAUUGUUACCAAGAGGACGACCUUAUACCCCGACGGGAGGAGUAUAUACCAGGUGGCGGGAGAGAAGACAUCGGUCGCUUUAGGGAGGAUCAUCGAGGACGGGGAGCACAAGGGACUGACGGUAAGAGGGGUAACCGCAUAAUAAACGUUGCUGCGACAUCGACGUACACGCCGCUUCGACAGGUAGCGAAGGUGCGAAACAUGGCAAUGGUGAAGACCAAGAUGAAACGCAAGGCGAACGAUCUGGACGUUUACGCGGCGAGG